AUGUCCGGACGCAGAUCACGCAGUUCGAGCUCAACGAGAGGAAAUGCUCCCAAUGCGGAUGGGGAUGCUGCAAGCGGCAUAAAAAGAGCUCACGCCGAUUUUAUCUCAUUUUUAUACGCUAGCCAUGGGAAAUCUUACGACGAAUGUGUGGGCAAGGCAGAGUCUAUUGUCGCCUUGUCAAGAGAAUUGCUCCAAACGGCUGCUACAACGGUUGCUCCAAACCCUUCUCGAGAAAGUAUUAAGGAUAAAAGGAUAAUAUCACUGGGGUAUCAAUCCACUUGGGAUGCGCCAACGCGUUCUAGUGCAUUUGCUACGACACAGCUUAACAAUCCGAGUUUCCAGAUUGCUUACAUAUUAAUAGGUGCUGUAGCAUUGUAUCUUAUUGUUGGUACGGGAGCUCAGCUAGUAUGCAAUUUCAUUGGAUUUGCUUAUCCUGCUUAUGUUAGUGUUAAGGCAGUACGAACUAAAGACACAAAAGACGAUACGCAGUGGCUGAUCUAUUGGUGCGUUUUCGCGGUCUUCUGCGUCUUUGACUUCUUCGCAGGCUCAAUUAUGCAAUAUUUCCCACUUUACUGGUUGCUGAAGGCAGUUUUUUUCAUUUAUUUACAUCUGCCGCAGACCAUGGGCGCUGGAUAUCUAUUUAACAAAUAA